AUGGCGGCAGCCGCUGGAGACAAGGUGGACUACGUUUUCAAGGUGGUUCUGAUCGGAGACUCGGCGGUCGGGAAAUCGCAGAUCCUUGCGCGUUUCGCGCGCAAUGAGUUCAGCCUCGAUUCCAAGGCUACCAUCGGCGUGGAGUUCCAGACCCGUACACUCGUUAUUCAGCAUAAGAGCGUCAAGGCGCAGAUCUGGGAUACUGCCGGCCAGGAGAGGUACCGCUGUCCCCUUCCCUCAAACCUUCCUCCUCACGCCUUCGGAAUAUGAAUUAUAGAUUUCUGAUCUGGUUAUCUGGUUCUCUGGACUACCCGCUCCAUAUUAAUACUUAUUGAAGACGGUUUUUAUUAGCCACUAGUUGGUUACUAUCAACGUAGCGGUUUUGUCGGCAUUGUAUCAACUCAUUAUUCUUUUUUUGAAAACAAAACGCAUCCAAUGUGGUAUAUAAAUUAUUUAAUAGGUAAAGUCUUGUCUUUGGGGUUUUCAGGAGUUUUCGAAGCUCCGUGCAUGGUGACAAGUUUGUGGAUUCAUUUUGUUGAUGAACUCCUAUUCUGGUCUUGAUGAAGUUCAGACAUUGGCAACUUCUAUCAGUAGAUAUAGCCAUCAGCUCGAUGUAGCAAUGCAAAUAAUCAGGUUUCUCUAAAAAAUAUUGACGUUUAAUCCAAAUUCGAAUUUUGUCAUUCCAUUAUUCUUAAGGGACCUAUGUCUUCUAUUUGAAAAAUGUUAGGGUUAAUUCCCUUUGAAAAACUCAACCUUUGUUGGCUCUUUUUAUUAACAUUUCCUUGUCGAUAUUGUGAAAUGAAAUUGCCAAAUGCUGAGAUGACCAUCCAGUGGAGAAGUCGUAUUCAUUGAUCGCAGAUGAGUAGAAAAGAGCCAUAGGCGUGUCUUAAAACUCUCCCCUUCUUGGAUUAUUGUUAAACAUCAUCUGAUGCUAAUGUUUAUUAAAAAAAUACUUAAUACUAUGUCGAUUAUGCUUUAAAUACAUGCUUUAAACUGUUUUCUGUCUUAUUUGUUAAAAGUUGAAUUUUGACGGCAGAAUGGGGCACUCGGAUGUACCACAGCUCUUUCUCUGUACCUCUUGUAGCAUUGUUUUAUUCGCUUAAAUUUUACUCUGGGUAGUCGCAUUACAUUGUCUCCAUCUUUGCAGGCAUAUUGAUGCGUUCAUUAUAUGGUUGUAUUUUUUUCCGGUUCUAUGUUUUAUUGAUUCAAUGAUUUCAUCUAUAUCACUUCUUCACUGAUCAGCCAAUUUUGUCACAGUUAAUUGUACUGCCUUACCUUUUACCAAACAAUAAGAGUAACUCUAUAUUGAAAGUAACUCAUCUAUGUGAAUUGGGGUUUAAAGUGAAAUACUGCCGUUCUUUAUUUUCCCUGGGAUGAAAUGGAUUUAUCAUUUGAAUGUAAGGAUUUUGACAAUUCAAUUUGAGCACGUCUAGUACAUACUUUCUUUUCGUGGUACUCCUGGUGUAUUCUUGAAAUUUCAGAUUCAUGUCUGAGAGCUUGGUUUUCAUCUGAUCAAAUAUUAUUUAUACAUUGCAUUCUGGAUGUUCUUCUGCUGCAGGAUUUUCAAAGCUCUGUUUGAGGUUUUUGGCUACCAAACUCUCUUCAAUGAUAUAAGAGACAGCUCCUUUUGACUAUUAAUCAUUAAUUCAUUACUUUAUACAACUUGCAAUGACAAUGUUAUGAUGAUUCCUUCAAGUCUUCAAAUACUUGUAUCCUCUCAAUUCCCUUCUGUAGAGGGAUUCCUUUACUCUUUGGAUCUUGUUCCUGGGGCUUUAAUUUCUUAUUGCACUAUCCUAAUGGUUCUGCCUGUCAUCUGAGGAACGUCUGUUUGAUAUUUUUAGUGACCAGCUCCAUUCAUUCUCUCUCAUUAUCUCUGGUUUUCGCACGCUUUUCUUUUAAGGAUAGUAAUAGAUAAUAGGAAAUUACUCUAAGAGGAAAACUAUGAUGAUGAGAAGUCAUUUUUAGCUGCUGUUUGAAAUCCUUGGAUUUAUUGGGUCAACCAUUUCUUUCACAGGGUGUGAUUCAUUGACUUGGUUGUGUGCUCAAUAAAAAAAAACUAAUUAAUCGAAAAUGAGUCUGCAAAAAAAAAUUCUUGAUAGAAUUUCUUCACUUUUUUGGUAAAUGCUUUCAAAAAGUAUUACCACUUUUGGAUUAGAUGGCCCCUUCUUUUUUUUUUUUUCUCAUAUGAUGCUGAUGAGGGCCCCCCUUAUGAAUUCUGGAAUGUUUUCAAUCCUAUCAUUGCUUCUGGCCGGUCUAGAGUGGUCUUCCUGAAUCAUCAUGGUGGUUUCAGAUAUCGGGCCGUCACGAGUGCCUACUACCGGGGUGCUCUCGGGGCGAUGCUGGUCUAUGACAUAACCAAGAGGCAGAGCUUUGACCACAUCCCUCGGUGGCUCGAGGAACUGCGGAGCCAUGCCGACAAGAACCUGGUCAUAAUGCUGAUUGGCAACAAGAGCGAUCUUGAGGACCAGAGAUCGGUGUCCACUGAGGACGCCAAAGAGUUUGCCCAAAAGGAGGGGCUGUUCUUCCUGGAGACCUCGGCCAUGCAGGCUACAAACGUUGACUCAGCCUUUAUUACCGUUUUGACUGAGGUCUUCCAGAUCGUCAAUAAGAAGACCCUUGUGUCGGAAAGUCAACCAGAUGGCAACGGCCCGACCCUUUCGGGUAAGAAGAUCAUCGUCCCUGGCCCUGCUCAGGAAAUCCCCAAGAGUAAGACCUGCUGUAGUUCUUCCUGA